AUGGAGGCUGCUUCAAGUGAGAAGAAGCAGCCGUGCGCGGAUGUAGCGAGCGAGGAAUUGCAGGCGAAUAAUUCAGCGAAAGGAAGUGAUCCGGGUUCUUCAACACCCAUCGCCGGGGAUUCUCGGAAACCCGCGAAAACUCCGGCGACGGAUCCGGGGGUUCAGAUUCAGGCGCCGGUCGACACGCGGGCAUCGAAUUCCACUGCCGUCCCGGACGGGACACCGCCGGAAUUGACCAGGAGGAGUUCGGGUUCUUCGAUAAAGAUGGUUUCCGCGAGGGCGGCGGAUGUUGAGCUACCGGAUCCGGACGCCAUUACUGUCGACGGAGAAGAAGAAGGCGCGAAAGCCGCCGCUUCGGUCCAUCGAAUGGACAGCGUGAACUCGAUGGACGCAUUCCAUUUCCCAGAGCCGCCGGAAGAUAACCGCCGCAAAGGUGCACAGCCAGUGGAGGAGCCCGAAAUACAACAUUCGCCUUUCCUGGUCUUUUGCUGCAGUCGCUGCUUGGUGCCGCUUGACGAAAUCCGGAAUUGGGGAAACUCUUUCGACGCACUCAUGAAGCACGAGAAAGGUAGAAAGCUGUUCUCGGCGUUUCUUCGUCAUGAGUUCAGCGAAGAAAACAUGCUGUUCUGGACUGCCUGCGAAGAUUUGAAGAAAGAAACCUGCCAAGAAAAGAUGGCUGAACAGGCCAGAAUCAUCUACAACGAUUACGUUAGCCUGGAUGCGAGGGAAAGAGAGAGGAUCAAUAAGAGAAUCACCAAGCCAGCGCCGGAGAUUUUCGUGCAAGCCCAAUCACAAAUCUUUGUGCUGAUGCAACGAGACUCAUACCAACGCUUCAUCAUGUCUUGGAUGUAUUUGAAGGUGGCUCACUACAAGAAAGAUAGAUACAAGCAGAACAACAAGCCUCACACUACGAAUUCCCCAUGA